GGAAGCCAGAGGUUCUACACACAAGAUGGCUGCUGUGUCCUCUGCCUCUGACACUGGUGACCCCAGGGGCCGACACCCCCCUGAGCGCAGACUGCUGAUCCUAGGGGGCCCACAGUCCGGUAAGACCUCAACUGCCAACAGCAUCCUGGGGGACGAGGUCUUCGACGCCGGGACGGAGACAACUCACAGCAACGUGGGCCACACAGAGAUCUAUGGCAGACGUGUCACCGUGGUUGACACUCCACCGUGGGUCAUCCCAGCUGAGCCAGAGGAAGAAACUGAAGCUGAAAACAACAACGAGGAUGCCGGUGCCGAGUCGGACAGUCAACCGCGGCCGCCGCCGAGCCUGGACAGCGAGGGGCCGUGCAUGGGGGCCAUUCUUUGCCCUCCCGGACCCCACGUGAUACUGCUGGUGGUGUCGGUCACCCAGCCCUUCACUGACGCCCAGAGGAGGGCCGCAGACGAGCAGCUUGGGGCCCUGGGUGGAGGAACCUGGAGGUACUCCAUGGUGAUCUUCACUGGGGUGGACAAACUGCCAAAAGGUGUCUUCAUUGAGGAGCACAUAUCCAACACUGGAGAGGCCCUGCAGUGGCUGGUGGAGAGAUGUGGAAGCAGGUACCACGCCUUUGACAACACUCAGAAAGAGACGGAGGAGAACACACAGGUACCCGAGCUGAUGGAGAAGGUGGAGGAGUUGAUCACCGACAACCAAGGCUGGUACUUUGAGGUGAACGAGCUGAUUUUACUGGAGGAGGAGCAGGCCAGGAGAGCGCUGGAGGAGGAGAGGAUGAGGAUGGAGGAGCACGCCAGACAGAGGGAGUCGAUGAUCGGAGGACCUCCCAGAGAACUGAGGCUGCUGUUGUUGGGCUGGAAGGGCGUUGGUAAGAGCUCGGUGGGGAACGCCAUCCUGGGCCGUCGGUACUUCGAGUCGGGCCAGGAGACCGAGCUGUGCCUCAGGAGGCAGGCGCUGGUGUCGGGACGCCGGAUCACCAUCGUGGACACCCCAGGUUGGGACUGGUUCUCGGUGAGGCGCACGCCGAAGCGCAUCCGCCAGGAGUCCCAGCGGGGAGCGGCCCUCCUGCGACCCGGACCCCACACGCUGCUGCUGGUCCUCCCCGUGGUCUCGUCCCUCACGGCCAGGAAGAGGAGGACACUCCUGGCCCACAUAGAGACUCUGUUCGGGGACAGCGCGUGUCUCCACACCAUGGUGCUCUUCAGCUGUGGUGACUGGUUGGGCCGCACGCCCAUCGAGGAGCACAUCCUCAGAGGCGGGCGGGAGCUGCAGAGACUACUUGAAUACUGUGGGAACUAUUACCACGUCAUGGACAGUAAGGUCCCCGGGAAGGACAGGAGUGUGUCCGUCCUGCUGGAUAAGAUAGAGGAGAUGAUCCGAGAGAAUGGAGAUAAAGCCUUCCUUCCUAUUCAGACGGAGUGGUUGAGCGAGGAGAGCUCCUACUCCUCAGAUAACACCGAGCCGGAGGACGACUGUCGAGGAUGCCAGGUGCAGUGAUGCAACCGCACUAAAAAGGAAAGUGUCUUUGUCUCCGUGAUCCGAGUCUCCGGUAAAGGCCCAAACAUCACCUCAUGUUAGUCCAACCUAAUCUAGAGAUCUCUGUCCAACUCUGUGGAGUCUUAUGGAAAACAGGCGAAAUGAAAUGAGGAGAAACUCACGGAUCACUGGGCAGACUGGUCAACGCGGUCCCCUCAGACCCAGG